UCACUAGCCCCACAGGCUCCCUUUUCCCUAGUCCCAGUAACCACCUCUCUACUCCCUGUUGGCGCGACUUGACUUUUUCAGUGCUCCAUAAAUGAGAUCCUCACGUUAACUUUUUUCUGGAAGACAGCUUUACAAGAAUCGGACCAAAUUUCGGGCUCUAGAACAUUCCACCAACCAGCUUAGCAGAUCAUACAUUCUUCAGGAGCUGAGAGCGGAUAAGUCUCUUCUUCACCGUGAUUUGAAACUUUCCAGUCUCAGAAAAGUUGACCAAGGUGGACUGCACAGGACUGAUCCCUAUGGAAGAAGAACUGCCUGGUUUCUAUGGAGAAAGUGGCAAGUCAGUGCAGGCUACCCUGUCAUCGUUGAAGAUGUUAGACGUGGGAAAGUGGCCAAUUUUUUCCCUUUGUUCUGAGGAAGAGCUGCAGCUGAUUCGUCAGGCUUGUGUCUUCGGCAGUGCUGGCAAUGAAGUUUUAUACACUACAGUCAAUGAUGAGAUUUUUGUGCUUGGCACAAACUGCAGCGGCUGUCUGGGGGUAGGCGACAUUCAGAGCACUAUUGAGCCUCGGAGACUGGAUUCUUUAACUGGCAAAAAAAUAGCCAGCCUCAGCUAUGGGAGUGGCCCUCAUAUUGUCCUUGCAACAACAGAUGGAGAAGUCUUUACCUGGGGUCACAAUGCCUACAGCCAGCUGGGCAAUGGGACAACGAAUCAUGGUUUAGUGCCCUGCCACAUCUCUACGAAUUUGUCAAACAAACAAGUCACUGAGGUCGCCUGUGGGUCUUACCACUCUUUGGUUCUAACAUCUGAUGGAGAGGUAUUUGCCUGGGGUUAUAAUAACUCUGGGCAAGUAGGAUCUGGAUCAACAGCUAACCAGCCUAUUCCUCGGAGAGUCACUGGAUGCCUGCAGAAUAAAGUGGUUAUGAACAUAGCGUGUGGGCAGAUGUGCUCCAUGGCCGUGGUGGACACUGGAGAGGUCUAUGUCUGGGGCUACAAUGGGAAUGGGCAGCUGGGCCUGGGCAGCAGCGGCAACCAGCCCACCCCGUGCAGAGUGGCAGCCUUGCAAGGCAUCCGUGUCCAGCGGGUUGCCUGUGGCUACGCACACACAUUAGUUCUAACAGAUGAAGGUCAAAUAUAUGCUUGGGGCGCAAAUUCUUACGGCCAGUUGGGCACUGGCAAUAAAAGUAACCAGUCCUAUCCUACCCCUGUUGUUGUGGAGAAGGACAGAAUCAUAGAGAUUGCAGCCUGUCACUCUGCCCACACAUCUGCUGCCAAGAGCCAGGGAGGGCACGUGUACAUGUGGGGCCAGUGCCGGGGCCAGUCAGUGAUCCUGCCACACCUCACCCACUUCUGCUGCACUGAUGAUGUGUUUGCCUGCUUCGCCACCCCGGCUGUCACCUGGCGCCUUCUCUCUGUGGAACCCGACGACCACCUCACUGUGGCGGAGUCUCUGAAGAGGGAAUUUGACAACCCUGACACUGCAGACCUCAAGUUUCUGGUUGAUGGAAAAUACAUCUAUGCUCACAAAGUCCUACUCAAAAUUAGGUGUGAACAUUUCCGUUCUUCACUAGAAGACAGUGAAGACGAUAUUGUAGAAAUGAGUGAGUUUUCGUAUCCUGUGUUCCGAGCUUUCCUGGAAUAUCUAUACACAGAUAACAUCAGCCUAUCUCCUGAGGAGGCAGUAGGAUUGCUAGAUCUGGCUACAUUUUACAGUGAGACUCGGCUGAAAAAGCUCUGUCAACAAACUAUCAAGCAAGGAAUCUGUGAGGAGAAUGCCAUCGCUCUGCUCUCUGCUGCUGUCAAGUACGAUGCUCAGGAUUUGGAAGAGUUUUGCUUCAGGUUUUGCAUCAACCAUCUGACUGUAGUAACACAAACGUCAGGUUUUGCAGAAAUGGAUCAUGAUCUUCUGAAGAACUUCAUCAGCAAAGCCAGCAGAGUUGGAGCCUUUAAGAACUGAUCCUGAAUGUGGAAAGAAUGCUUAAACCUUCCCAUUUCACCCCCGCAAAGAUAAAUAAAUAAGCAAAUAAAUAAUAAUUACAAAAAAAAAAGCCAUUGACAAACAACUUCUCUGUAAUUAACAGUGUUGAUAAGAACUGUAUCUGGCCAGAUUCUUGUGUUCUGUCAAAAGGCUGCAGUCCAUUCGUUCUCUCCAUCUGCCUACCCCAAGGUUUGAAGUAAUAGGCACUGAGUGCUUCAGUGGAUAUGACACGACACACCACGCAGAAGCUGAAAGUGUACCAGCGGCACUCUACUGGGGAGUUUUCCUCUCCCAGACGUGUCAACUGUAAAGAGUGGUGGGGUGGGUAGGAACCAUGUUCACCUCCCUCUCUGACCAGGGAUUUGUCUGUUAUGAGCUUAUACAAGUCUCAUACAUGCUGUCAGUCUCUGAUUUCAUAGCUCCAUGGUUUUUGUGUGCUUUUUUGUUUUUGUUGUUAUUUUGGUUGGCUGGUUGUCUUUUAGGAAAGUUGGGAGGUUUUGGAAGAGGUCAAGGUAGAGAAAGAAUAUAAUGAAGAUAUAUGAAAAGUAAAAAGGUAUUACCUAAAAAAAUGAAAAUUAUAGUUACCAUUUCUUCCUUUGAGUCACCUAUGGUGGAGAUCUUUGGGGCAUUGAUAGUUUGCUAAUCUGGAGAAAUCGUCCAAUAUUCAACUGGCUGAUACAGUUAUACAAAGAAUGCUGUCAUGCCCACAUUUUUAGCCUCUAACACUGCCUUAUAUAUAUAAGGCACUCAGCUAAGUCACUGUCCAUCUUAAGGGUGUACUGAGAAGAGCUAGAAGGUUAGGAAAGGAAUAAACAAAAUUAGAAGUCUGUAAUUACUGAUGUUCAUAUUCUUUUAGUUUGUAGUUCUGAGAAAUAGUAGCUAAUUUAGAGCAUUAUUAACAUUCAUAAAAUGCCUUAGCAACUAAGUUGUCAAAGGUCCAAGGGCUACUUUUAAUUUUCUACUUUCCACAUUAACUUCUCAUAAUGGCAUUGUUGAAAAUGAAACAUUAACUUUGAAUGUUACUUCUGGAAUUCUAUGCCUUAUGUAUUUGCAUAAAGCCCUUUGCUUUUCUUUUUAUUAAGGAGGGUCUGAUUAUAGGUUUUUCUUGUAGCUAGCUUUUAUGCCACUAUAAAAUAAAAAGGAACUAACACAUUUCAUGGGUAGCAUUGUGAUAGAGAAAGUCUGAGUUUUUAGACCAAAACAAGCCACUGUGUAGCAAAAUUGAACAAGAUGUAGCACUGGAUUCCUCCAAGUGCCUUACAAUCUGAUAUUAUGUAAAGGAAAUCUUUUUGAAAAUAGAAGUCUUAUUCUCAUGUAUAAUUAUUUGAUAAUAAAAAAACUUGAUAGAACAAA